AUGGCUCCACAGCUGCACAACAAGACGAUGCAGAUGAUUAAGCUCUGGAAACUCAAGUCCAAGCUUGCUCAUGGCCGUGCGUUCUGGAUGGCCGAUGAUAUAACCAACAUGAUGCUGGAUGCGAUCAUGGCCUUCCCCGACGACAACGACAGCCCAGUUGAGUUCCCGCCAGGCCCGAUGCCUGCCCUCGCAGAUCCUCUGAUCGCUCUCACCAACAGUCUAGAGAUGACGCUCAAGUCCCCAGUACCCAAGUUGCACCACUGGGCCUUGAGACAACUGCCGCAUAUGAGGAAGGCGCAGGCUCUAAAGGAGGACAUGAUCACCGAGCAGUUGGAGAAGGCAGCGCGGCGCUUUGUCGAAGGGUCGGUGGCGGAUGAGGAUAGCAGGUGCUUGAUCGACGAGAUUCUGCGACGCGAGACUCAGACGACCGCGAAGGAGAAGCGGCCGCCGGCGUAUAAGAGUAGAUCGAUGUAUGACGAGUUGUUUGGUAUUCUGAUCGCCGGACACGACACCUCUUCGUCCUCUCUCCUCUGGGGCCUGAAGCACCUCUCCAAUAACCAGAGCGCACAGCAUCGCCUGCGCACUGAGAUGCGACGAGCCCUACCCCAGGCAGCAGCUGAGGGCAGGCCGCCCACGAUUACUGAGAUCGUUGCUCUUCGCCUCCCUUACCUGGACGCCGUGGCCGAGGAGAUAUUCCGCACCGCGCUAACCAUGUCCGCGCACGUCCGCACCACCACUGAAGACGCGCCCCUCCUGGGCUACACCAUCUCCAAGGGCACGAACGUCUUUAUGGCCGUCAACGAGCCCGGCUUCUUCUCGCCCCCGUUCCCCAUCAGCGAACGGUUGCGCAGCGAGACCUGGAAAGCAGGAGGUGGUGGCCACGCUGUGGAGGAUUGGGAUUUUGUCGACUUUGGCGAGUUCCGCCCUGAGCGCUGGCUCGUCAGGGAUGAUGAUCAUGAGUCAGAUGGAAAGGAAGAAGGGGAAGUGGUUGAUCCUUCGCAGGCGCCGCAGAUGCUGUUCUCGCUCGGCCCACGCUCUUGUGACGUAGACACCUCUACCGGCAAAUGGAUUGGCUACCAGCUCCUUGCUGACAUAGGAUACGGCCUCACGAUCCAAGCCCCCGUGGUCGUCGUGCAAGGCAUCAGCCCGCCUCAGGACAUUUCCAUGGCUGGAAGCAUCGUGAUCCUCAUCCAGAACCUGUUGGGCGGCAUCUGGGUGCCGGUAGGCCAAAACAUAUUCGGCAACCAGCUGAUGAACACUAUUCGACGGCUGAGGCCAGAGAUUGACCCCACAAUGGUAGUCUCGACCGGCGCCACGGAGAUCCGACGCGUUUUCUCUGCAGAAGACAUACCCGCCGUGCUCGAAGGGUUCAUGCAAGGUCUCAGGGGUGCAUUCAUCCUCGGCACGGCGUGCGCAUCGGUAAGCGUGGUCAUUUUGAUCGUCGCGUUCUUCAUUGACUACCACGUGCUCACCCACGGCCAACCCCCCCGCGGCCGAAGACCCCGAGUCUCUAGCAAAUGCCACCGAAACUCCCGGCCAAGCUGCUACUGCUGGUAG